AUGAGCCGCAGCAACAGGAAGAGCUCAUCAAAGGGCCUUGACCUGAAGCUGAACCUCUCGCUGCCUGCAAGAGGGGACUCCUCCAACAGGGUGAUGGCUGACGAGGAGUCGUCCCCGAGCUCAUGCCUAUCGUCGGAGAACGAGCACGGCCUGCAGUGGUCCAACAGCCCCGAGGCGACGUCCAUGGUGCUCGCCGCCUGCCCUCGCUGCUUCAUCUACGUCAUGCUCCCCCAAGACGACCCUCGGUGCCCCCAGUGCAAGAGCCCCGUGCUCCUUGACUUCCUACAAGAUUGUCUCGAUUGGAAUGGUAAGCACGUCACUUUCAUUUCAUCUUUCAAAGAAAAGACCUGUGUAUCAGGAAGUGUCCUCGUGUAG